CACGCCCCCAUGCAUCCGCGACGCCUCCCAUCGUGGUUAGCGGUCGCGGCCACCGGACUCCUCUUCUUCUUCUCUGUGGUUGCUGCUCAGUCCAACUCGACCUCGAGCGGGCUCAGCAGCACCUCUACUUUUCCCACCCCCUCUGUUUCUGCCGAGACGACCUCCGCUACGAUCACGACAACAAUACGCUCCGGCAACUCGCUCAUCCCAAUCUCUACCGUUAUCCCGGUGGUCCUCAAUGUCACCGUUACCCCAACACCAACCAGCUCUGGCUCUGCUGCUGCUUCGCAAACGACGUCUGCGUCUGCAACACCGACGCCUGACCCCCGCCACUUGGAGACAAAGCUCGACCCUGGCUUUGGCGUGCUUGGGGCACUGCUCAUCCUCACGGGUAUCCCAAGCGCUUUCCUAGGCCACAAGAACCGAUGGACGUCAUUCUUUCUCAUUGGGUUCUACACGCUUUCCCUCGUCUGCUUCGUGUUGAUCCUCAGGUUUGGCAUUCUGCAAGCCGUGAACCCUCCUUCCACGACGUUGCGAGGUUUAUUCGUCCUGGCAUGCUGCGUUGCUGGUAUUGCCGGAGGGGGCGUAACCAUCUUCUUCUGGAAGGCCACUAGGUAUUUCAUCGGUGCCUGGGGAGGUUUCGCAUUUGCCCUCUGGAUACAAUGCUUCAGAGACGGAGGUCUCAUCCAAGUGAUCGGCUUCCGCUGGAUCAUGUACAUCGCCUGCGCAGUCGUGGGCUUUGUACUAUGCACGCUACCCAAGUUUCACUACCAUGUCCUCCUCGUCUCGACCGGCUUCGUUGGAGCAACAUCAUUCAUGCUCGGCGUCGACUGCUUCACCGCUGCCGAUCUGAAGGAGUUCUAUAUAUGGAACCUUGGCUUCAACUCUCUCUUCGAGAAGUUUGUCGACCAUGGGAUACAGUUCCCGGUUACCCAGACAAUGCAGAUUGAACUGGGCCUCAUGGGAGCAGUCGCCCUGGCCGGCAUCGCUGUCCAGCUGCGCAUUCUCAAGCUUUUGCAGCGCAAGCUUCGUGAGAUCAAGGCGGAGCACCGCCGCUUGGACCAGGAAACCGAGAACCGUGCCGCCGCCGACUUUGCUGAAGUCGAACGCGAAAAGGAACAAUGGGAGCGCGAACAUCCAAGUCUUCUUAAGCACGGACGGAACGACAGCACCCUGUCAGGCACUCCGUUGAUGAAAGACGCGGAGUUGGGACUUGCUACCCCUAACGAUGAAAAGCGAGCUUCCACGUUCACACUCAUUGACGGUCCUCGGCAGCGAGCACAGUCUGGGGUCUCCUCAUUGAUGUUGAACUCUCCUCCUGUCGAAGGGCGGCAGUCUCCGGGACCUCUCCCUGCCCUCGACCUCGGUGCUGACUUGGAGCAGGACGUCCCCAAAAACUACAUCUCCGACGACCCGGAAAUCAGAGAGCGUGUUCGCAACACAUCUAUCUCGCUAUCUGUCGCUCAGGAUCUCGAGGACUUGAGGAAGAAGCAGGAGUUACUAUCAGAGAUCCAGAACAUUCGCAAGUCCAUCGAAAUACUCAAAUCAGAGACUCCUGCGCCUUCAAGCUCCACUGAUUCCGCCCGCCCAUCCUUUUCUUCUCGUUUGGAGUUGGGUUCACUUCCGCUUCCCGGCCCAUCCCAUCUUCGCCCGCCAAGAGCGAGCGACCCGCGGGCGCGCGUGCAGUCUAUGGAACUUUCUAACCUUCGCGCAUCUAAUCCGAGUCCAGUUGGCCGUCCUACUAGUGUGCCUCUCCAAGACGAGAGUUGGGAUGCGUAUCUGCGGGAACGGAAGCUUCUGCAGCCUCCUUCUGGCGUCACACCUCCAAUUCCAACCAGUCCUCCAGUCGCCAGUCCUACACCUAGACUAGCGGUGUCUCCAGCCGUUACCGCAGCGCUGCUUCAGCGGCAGCGUCGCGAUGACUCGUUGCCCUUUGGCCAGGUACCAGCCACGACUGAUAGGCCUCCUUCUGCCGAAGCCCUCGCAAGGCGCUCCUUAUCGAGCCCGAGAUCGUGGUUACCAGAGCAGUUGCCACCUGCGCUCAGACCUCAGACUCACAAGAAGUCGGACUCUCAGUCGAGUUAUGCGCCAGGAACCAUCCUUCCGCCUCGAGCCCAAAACGCGUCUUCGCCACCGCCGAAAGAGUCUGGCAAUAAAGUCAUGUCAUUCGAGGAGCUCGAGGAGCGGCACCGGGAGAGGCUGCGUCAGCUCCAGCAGCCCCUUACACAAGCGGAAAAGGAACAGGCGGAUAUCCAGGCUGCGAAGGUGCGCUGGGAGCGGGCCAAGGAGCGCGAGAAGCAAGCUGUGCUCAAGAGACAAGCCGAACAAGCGGCCACUGCUAGUAAAGAGGCGAAGGACAAGAAGCGAGAGAGCGAAGUGCGCGGAAACCCGGUGCCGCCGAACGACGAGCGGCGGGCGCCCCGACACAGUCGAACACUCAGCCCAGACGCGCUUGCUGCCGUCGGCGGUAAGCCCACGUCGACGAAGCGUCUGUCGGCAAUGAAGGUCGAGGAUUGGCAAAAGUCGCAGGUUUUUGAAGCUGAAGCCCGACCACACCGCGAGUCGAGGCGUGCCUCCGGCGUACCCUUUCCAGGCCACCCUCGCCGGCCAUCAGGUGAGGUGAGACGAAUGUCUGUCGCGCGUGAUCCCCCAAGUUGAAAGUGGCCUACACGUCCGUUCACCACAUCCUUCAUUAUCUUCAUUUCCUGUCAGCGACACCAUAGGACUUCUAGCAUAGGACUUUCGAACUUUCUAUUUCCUUCACAUGAUCUAACAUUUCAUCGACACCGUAAUACUUGAGACGACACAUCUGUUUACCUGCAACUCACUCAUGGACUUGUACCGCAUCGUAUGUUUGCAUUUGAUAAUGUGUACGGAUGUCAUCUACACC